GCCGCUAGGAGGCAGACUUGUUACCCCUUGAAGAAGAAGAAGAAGAAGACUGUUACCAUGGUAACGUCCACACCGCUGGGCUGCUAUGCAUUAGCUUGUGUGUGUUUCUACCUCUAAGGAGCUGCAGGAGGAGAUCAAGGCAUCAUGUGGAGCCAGAGGCCGCCUUCCAGCACCGGGAGGCCGAUGAGCCGCACUGGAUCUGCUGCUGCAGCGGCUGGAAGACCCCCGACGGCUGUGAGGCCCCCACCCACCGCGGUCCGGGUGCCUACCGGGAUGGUUCCAGGUAGCAGUGGUGUGAAGGGAGGCGUGCCCUCCCCUGGCGUCCUGUCAGCAGCCAUCAAAGUGACGGACAGGCCGGUCACCCAGCAGGGCCUCAGUGGGAUGAAGACCGGCAUCAAAGGGCCUCAGAGACAGAUCCUGGAUAAGUCCUACUACCUGGGUCUCCUCAGGAGUAAAAUCAACGAGCUGACCACAGAGACCAGCCGUCUCCACAAAGAGAUAGAACACUACAACCAGGAGAACUCCGUCUACCUCUCCUAUGAGAAAAGAGCUGAAGCCCUGGCUGCUGAGAUCAAGGACCUUCAGGGACAGCUUGCAGACUACAACAUGCUGGUGGACAAGCUGAACACCAACACGGAGGUGGAGGAAAUGAUCAAUGACUACAACACGCUCAAGGCGCAGAACGACGCCGAGGCACGAAGGAUUGACAGCAUCUUCACCGAGAGGAGAGCGAGAGAAGAGGUGAUUGAGGCCAUUGAGGAGGAGAUCAGAAGGGAAAGACAGGUGGCUGACGAAGUUAUCCAGGCUAUGCCUUCAGCGAAGAGGGAGAAAUAUUUCUCCAUGACGACGGCCAAUGAGGAGCUGCUACAGGAGCUGGCAGUCCUGCAGGAGGAGCUGGACCUUCUAGCCACCAGGAAGGAAGACUAUGAAGAGGAUCUCUCCCACUCACGCAUCAAACAAGAGAUGGUUCGGCUUCAUCAGACCCUCUCUGCUCUGGAGGCGAAGCGUGACGCCAUGGAGGCUGAGCAGGAGAGCCUGGGCUCCCCCCAGGAGGAGAGGGAGAAGCUGCUAAAGCAGGUGAAGGAGGACAGCCAGGAAAUAGCCAGCAUGGACAGACAGCUCACUGACAUCAGGGACAGGAGCAAACAGGUCAAAGAGGAGAUCCAGAACCUGGAGCAGGACUCAGAAGCAGCUCAGGUCGAGUGCCAACAGAAGUACAAGGAGCUGAAGAAGAAGGAGGAGGAGAUGGACCGUUUCCUGGAGUCGUUUGAGGAGAUCAGAGCUGAGGAGCUGGAGAAGCUGACCCAGAGCCAGGAGAACAUCGUUUCCCUCCUGGAACAUUACAGCAGGAACAUGUUGAGGCUCCGCCUUGUGGAUGGAGUGACCACCAGCGAGCUGAGGAACAUGCAGGAAGUUCUGGUCAGCAAAGAGACGGAUGUGAUCCAAUCAGAGAGCACAGCCAGAGGACUGAGCACAGAGUCCAAACGGCUGCAGCAGGACCUGGAGAAGAUUCAACAGCUGGAGGGGAAGAUCACAGGAGAGCUCAGCACCCUGAAAGAGCAGGUCAGCACCAUGGAGUCUGAGCUGCUCACCUACAGAGACCUGGACACCCUGAAGCAGACAGCCGAGGACAAGAAGAAGCGGCUCCUGGACGAGCGCGAGACUCUGACUCAACGCAGAGACACGUUUGGACAGCUGCUGGGGGAGAUGAACCAGAGACACGAAGCUCUGAAGACCAAACUUCAGGAGAACGAGACGCACACUCAGCUGACUAACCUGGAGAGGAAGUGGCAGCACCUGGAGCAGAACAACUUCCUCAUGAAAGAAUUCAUCACAUCCAAGACUCGUGAGAGCGCCUACGCCUCGGUGGCUAAGGCCGUCGCCCAGCAGGUGGCCGAUUAUAACCGGAGCCUCAUAGAGUUGCUGCAAACCAACAAGACCUGAGAGCUGCAGUCAUCUC